AUGCGUCGAGCGGCGUCCCUCGACGCCUGCUCCGCCACGGCGGCGAGAGGCACGCAGAUGCAGCAGCUCCUCACCUUCAAGAGCGGCAGGUUGCGCCGCUCGCUCGGGCUGCAGCUGCACGACGCGUACGCCACUCUCUCCCUUCCCGCCGGCCGCGCCGCUGUCUUCUCGAUCACGCUGGCGAGGACGGCCGACGAGGCGACCUGCGCUUGCGGAGCGACCUCCACCGCAGCGUGGGAUUGGGCCCUCGAGGCUCGCGACAUCGACUUUGGCGUCCGCUGGACGGCGGCAGCAGGCGAGCCCGCCGAGCUGCACCCGACAUCGCGGCACGAGGCGGCGGCCGGGCCCGUCGAGGGAAGCUUCGAGCUGCCAGAGGGGUGCGAGUCGGGCCUGCUCGAGCUCACCCUCUCGAACCGUUUUUCGUACUUUCGGUCCAAGGCGGUCAGCUACCGGAUCGGGACGGCGGCGGUGAAGGCAGAGCCGAGGGUGGAGUAG